AUGGUCCCCUUCAUCGAUGGGAAUGCAAACUGUUCCCAGCACAGUGGUGACAUCCCACCGAUAGCGUCGGAGCAGCCUCCCACCAUGGCCUGGAUGCCGCAGUCCGACGCGACCGACCUUCCACAUCGCCCUCCAUUGACAUCGCAGCAAUCAAAUUCCCUUCCCUCCACUCCAUACCAACAUGCGCGCAACCUCUCCUUCCACUCUCGAUCGCCCUCACCCGCUCGCGGGAGCACCUCUCCUCGAUCGACACAUUCCGAAUCAAUACAUUUGCCCCCUUCCGCUCGAAAACCGCUUGGAGGUUGUAAAUAUGAAACCGCCAUGGCUUAUUUCCGAAGACGAAUACCCUAUAGUCUUGGUGCGGAUCCGUUACCGGAGGAGAAGGAGGAACUGAAGAAAAAGCUGGUCCCGGAGGAAGAGAAGAAAAUGACGGCGGACAUCAUGGACUUAUAUGAUCGGUUAUUACCAUCUGCGGAAAGCGAUGAUCGACGGCAUCAGCUCGUUCGCAAAUUGGAGAAGCUGUUCAAUGAUCAGUGGCCCGGUCAUGAAAUCAAGGCCAACGUCUUUGGCUCGUCGGGGAACAAACUCUGCUCUAGUGAUUCGGAUGUGGAUAUUUGUAUUACGACAAACUUCAAGGACCUGGAGCAUGUGUGUCUUCUGGCGAAGGUUUUGGCAGAACACGGAAUGGAACGAGUUGUCUGCGUUUCACAUGCAAAGGUUCCUAUCGUGAAGAUCUGGGAUCCCGAGUUGAAACUGGCUUGCGACAUGAACGUGAAUAAUACUCUAGCGUUGGAAAAUACUCGGAUGAUCCGCACCUAUGUCGAUGUCGAUGAACGGGCUCGGCCGCACGAGAAAAAGGCAACCCCCGAGGGUUUGGUAUAUUCGUUUGACGAUAAUCUCAAGUCAUUGUUGGAUUUUGGUCAGAAGAACAAGCAAUCUGUCGGUGAACUUUUCUUUGAGUUCUUUCGAUACUACGGCCACGAACUCAACUACGAGGAGACCGUCAUCUCUGUACGCGAGGGCAAAUUGGUAUCUAAAGAGGGCAAGGGCUGGCACCUGAUGGUGAAUAACCGACUUUGUGUGGAGGAACCGUUCAACACAUCGAGGAAUUUGGGAAAUACUGCCGACGACACUUCGUUUCGAGGAUUGCAUAUGGAAUUGCGGCGAGCAUUCAAGUGUGCUUCUGUAGGAGACCUAGCUGAUUGCUGCGCGCAAUUCGAGUACCCACUCGAGGAAGAACGGACUUGGGAGCGACCACCGCCACAACCACGUCCUAUCAUCACCCCUUCAUUACCCAAUCGCGGAGGUCGGGGUGGUGGUCGUGGUGGGCGAUAUAACAAUCAAACUCCCCGAGGCGGGUUUGCAGGUGGUCGUCGGGCGUCCAACACUGGAGGAAAGUCCAACAACAAUACAUUCCGACAACCGAGUGCCACGAAUGCAUCCGAAUUGUCCCUGCAAGCGCAGCAGCAGGCCCAGUAUAUGCUUCAUGAUCAGCUCUACCAGCAGAUUCAACUUCUUCAAGCUCAAGAACAAGAGUUGAGGAUGCAGUUGCAAAACCAAGCCCUCAUCACCGGUCGCCCUCCGCCUUACUUCCUUCGCCAGCCUUUCCUCCAAUUCCCAAUGCCCCAACAACAGGAGUACUCGGGCGAGGAGAACUCUCGCUCAAGGUCAGGUACUGUAAAUCAGCCGCCACUCACCCCGUCCCAGCGGCAAACACCCCUCCUUAACCCUACCUAUGCCUCUGUCAGCGCCUCUGGCAUGCAAGCUAGCGCGACAAACCCUCCGUCUCCAUCUGCCACCAACACACUUCCCGACCUCCGUCGAAAUUCUCGGCGGUCAUCCGUUGUAAAUGGUUCACCCAAAGCAUCGCUAAGGGCCCAGUCACAACCCGCACGACCCCAAAAUUCGCCCUCGUUUCCGACUUUCACGCCCCUGUAUACGAUUCCACAGCCCCUUGAUACGUCUUACGCCUCUAAGCAACGCCCGAUUCCCGAAUCCUUGGAACGUGGAGAUGGUAGUGGAGACGAGACCAAUAUGCCGUCAAACAGCCUCCCGAGCAAUGGCUCUCGCUCUGAUUCUGUCGACGAGAACCGCUCACAGGACCUGCUAGGUUAUUACAUUACCCCUCAGCAGCUGCAAUUAUACCAGCAGAACAAUAUGCUACCCACAUUGGCUUCUCACGUGGGAAUGCUGCAGAAUGGUUAUUCGUCUUUCCUCCCUGUGCAACAGGAAUACCGAUCCUCCGGGGGAGUCUUUUCGUCCGAAGGUUCGAGCUCACGGUCCGAUCAGACCCCGACGCCAGCGCCAAAGGCUUCAACGUCACAACCGCCGCAGCGCUCAGCAUCCACGCGCCCCGCUGACCGUGGAGGACCACUCAUUGUAGAUGGUUCGGUUCGACCCAAUGAACCUCGUCCGGCGUAUGGAUCUGACUUCAUUGAUUCGUAUACUGUGGGUACCGCCUAUACUUCGACUUCCGAGGACCACAACAUCAACACCCCUGCCAGCUAUUCCGAUUCCCUGUCUCAGGAUUUCCAAGAGCCCGUCCCCUUUGAAAUGGAACAAACGCCUGUGUUCACGCAGUCACCAUUCGAAGCACAAAAACAGAGCAAUGGAAAUACGGAAACUCAGCUGGAAAAGACAAAUGGCCAACCUGAGCUGCUCGCCAGCCGACUGCAGAAUUACCAUCUAUCAAACGCCGAGAAGCUCGCCCAGUCCCAUUCGGCGAACAAGACGAAUAAAAACGGCUCCUCGCACCAUGGCACUGGCAAGGACACAAGCCAGGCGAAGAGUCACAAUUCUGGGGGUGAUAAAUUUACCUCUUCUGCAGGUGCCAACGAAGGUCGACAAACACACUCAACCUCGAAGCGCCGGACAAAUGGGGUGGAUGCCUCGGAGAAGACGAAUGGGGUGAGCCACGGCCACAGCCACAAGUCCAAAUCCAAGGGCCGACAGGAUACUUCAACCACAAGCGGGGACGCAAAGGAGAACCCAUCCAAAAAGUCCGGCGUGGCGACAAACGGGGCUACCGAUCAUGGCCAUAGUGGCUGGCAAACCACCAAGAAAAAGCACCGUCGCAACGCGAAGUCAUCUGCUGAAUCACGCAAUGGAAUUAACGGUGGCCCCGAACCUCUUCCCGCAGAUGAGUCGAUGCGUAAAGGCGGGUGA